AUGUUAAUACCGAACACCAAAUCACGUACACAACCUCCGACAUCAAACACCUCACACCCACCCUCACAACUAUACAAAAACAACCUCCCCCUCCCCGCCGUCCACAGCUCACCCACCAAGACCCUCACACGCCAAUGCACCGGAUAUCUAACUGAACAAAUCCGCGAAGACCUAACCCUGGAAUCCCAACUCCUCCUCCUCUCCUUCGCCAUUGGCAUCCAAGAUGCCGCCGCGUGGAAAGACUACGGCUGCUUCGCCUCCAACCAAACAGGCAACAUGCUCUUCCUGGCUAUCGGCGGUGCCGGACUUGCCAGCAACGACGAUUUUGAUUUCACCUACGUGGGGAUGAGUCUGGGGUCUUUUGUGGCCGGUGGGCUGGUAAUGGGCCAAUUCGCGAAUUAUCUGGGCGUGGUACGCAUGCGCUGGUGGUUACUUUUCUCGAGUCUGUUGCAGACGGUGAUGGUAUUUGCCGCAGCGGCGAUUAUGGCGUAUACAAACCCGGUGAAGCAGCAGACUAGUAAUGAUCCAGCGGCGCUGGUGACGUUGUUCCUAUUGGCGUUUUCGUCCGGUGCGCAGGUUUCCAUGGGACGGGCGUUGAAGGUCACGGAUAUUACGACGGCUAUGGCCACGGCGGCGUAUAUUGAUGUGGUUAUUGAUCCGGGUUUGUUUCGGGCAAGGAAUCGGAUGCGGAAUCGUAGGGUUUUAUUUUUGGUUAUGUUGACGGCGGGGUGUUUCGCUGGUGCGGGCGUGGAGAAGGCGGCUGGGUCGUGUGCUACGUUGAUUAUGUGUGGGUGUUUGAAGGUUCUGGUUACUGUUAUAUUCUUUUUUACGCCGAGGAUGAAGGUGGGGGUGUGA